AUGUUUAUGGAUGAGACCAUCGACAACCUCGAAAAUCUUGCUACUCUGCACACUUUCACAGGUGCACUCGAUGAGUCUUGGUUUUACCUCGUCUCUGUCGCUAUCGAAGCGCGCGGUGCCCCAAUCAUUCCAUUGAUGUUGACUGCUAUCGCGGCAGCACGCGCAAAUGACUCGGGAUCUGUCACUCGCUGUUUGAGGAUUUUCGCUGAGCGCUUGGAUGAUCUCGGCAACCUCCUGCAUCGAAUGCAUGAGAACUGCGACCCUCAUGUGUUUUAUCAUCGGAUUCGACCGUUCCUUGCUGGCAGCAAGAAUAUGGCCGAUGCUGGGCUCCCUCGUGGAGUUAUCUACGAUGAUGGCUCUGGCAAAAAGGAAUACCGCCAGUACAGCGGCGGCAGCAACGCACAGAGCUCCAUCAUUCAGUUCUUCGACGUUGUCCUCGGCAUAGAGCACCGUCCAACAGGCGAAAAAGGGGGUGAUCCCCAUGAAUCUGAUCGGGAGGGUCGUGCCCCUCCCCCGAGGCACAACUUCAUCAUGGAGAUGCGCCGCUACAUGCCCGGUCCGCAUGCACGCUUUCUUAACGAUGUUUCGGCUGUCGCCAACAUCCGUGACUUUGUCGAAUCUCAUCCCGAGAACACACAGCUUUCUUUGGCUUACGAUGCGUGUCUUACCAUGCUGAGUGCACUCCGUGACAAGCACAUCGCGAUCGUUACGCGCUAUAUCGUCACACCGUCCCGCGAGGUUCGUGCUCGCAGUCGCUCUAGAAGCCCGGUAGCAACUCGGAGAGUCAAUCUUGCCACUGCUGCGCGGCAGGUUCAAAAUCAGCCUCGUGGUAUUGCCUUUGAGGGAGAUCCGAAGAAACUCACCGGUACAGGUGGUACUGCCUUGAUUUCUUUCUUGAAACAAGCCCGAGAUGAGACAGGUGAACCCGCCGUUGAAGAGUGGACUCGCCGGUUCAUGAGCCGGCGGAUCCGCAAUGAAGGCAAGAAUGAUUUCUUCCUUGGGAAGCCGGAGGAGCCUGCACCCCCGACAGUUGAAGUCGAGGUUGCUGGCCUUGCGGAUACGUGGACCAUGGAUGAUGAUGUUGGCGCUAUCUGCAAUUAUUGA